CUCUCAUAUUUCUGCUCUCAUUUACUUUGUCAUAUGAAGUACAUAACAUGGAGUUUUUUUUACCUAUCGUAUCCAUAUCUAUACUUCUAGCUCAGCUGAAUAUUUGACAUUUAAUAAUAUACUUUUAUUUUAAUAUUUAAAGAAACUCGGUUUACUUCUCAAUGUUACAACAUUUAUAGGUUUAAAUUAUAUCACAGUGAAUGUAGUUCAUCUUCUGUGCUAAUGUAAUAAGAAGGUUAUUGCUCAGUUUGAAAGAGUCGAACUCAAACAGUUGGGUAAAAUUAGCAACUCAGCUGUGAUGGAGUAUACACCACAGAACUUGGAAUUUGCGGUAUCAGUAUUCUAUAAUGGUGAACAAGCUGAGAGAGCUAAAGCCCACGCGUGGCUUACAACUGCUCAACGAGUCCCUGAAGCUUGGAAAUUCGUUUGGGAAUUAUUACAACCCACCAAGGGCACCGAAAUUCAGUUUUAUGCAGCAACUACUCUGCAUACUAAGAUACUUAGAUGCUGGAAUGAGGUACCACCAGAGAGCUAUGAAGAAUUGAAGGAAAAACUAUUGCAAGCAGUAUUUACAUAUUCAAAGGGCCCAAAAAUUGUUACAAAUAGAUUAUGUAUAAGUUUGGCUGCCUUCAUUCUCCAACAAGGUACUGUAGAUUUAGGCACUGUACUAAGACCAUUGUCGACAGUAGAAAACACAUCUUUACUUCUAGAAGUACUAACUGUGAUACCAGAAGAAUACAAUAGCAUGACAAUGGGAUCAGCCCUUCGAUCUAAAAACCGCACUGCACUUCAGCAGGCAUGUCCAGCAGUUCUUGAUGAUAUGUUAAGAUAUUUACACACUGUAUACAAUGAAUAUGGAGAAGACGGGCCUCCAGAGGCGACGGUGCAGACUUGGUUGAGUGCAGCGAGCUGCGCGUGCAGCUGGCUGACGCUGGGUGGCGAGGAGUCGCCUGAGGCAGGCGGUUCGCUGCCUGACCGAUUGCCACUGUGUAAUGCUCUACUCACUCUUGUUCGGGUGCUCUACACGUGUUCAGAUGCGGUGAGCGACACGGCGCUGGAAGCGUGCGAGGCGGCGCUGGUGGCGUUGCGGGCUGCGGGCGCGGCGCCGGACGCUGCACGUCAGCCGGCGGCAGCGCUGCAGCUGCUUGCCGAUCUGCUCGCGCUCACUACGCCCGUAAUCGCGCGCGAUAACGUGCCCAACUCUAUUAAUGAGGAGUUGGUGUCAGCGCUAAUAACGUGCUGCGUGGCGUUGGGCGAGUGCCACACGCAGGCGAUCGUGCAGGCGGCGGAGGGCUCGGGCGGCGCGGGGGGCGCGGGGGGCGCGGGCGGCGCGGGCGGCGCGGGCGGCGAGGCGGCGGCGCGGCAGCUGGUGGAGGCGCUGCUGGCCGCGCAGGCCGCGCCCGGACACUACCCGCUGCACGAGACGCGCUCCAACCUCGUCUUCGGCUUCUGGUAUACGUUGCAGGAUCAAGUAUUAAACGUCCCAAGCGAGAAGCAACUGAAUCCGAUGUGGCGAGAAGUGUUUUCGCGGCUGCUGACUACCCUCGUUUGCAAAUCCGAGGCGCCCGCAGACUUGGCGCUCUCUAGAGAUGAUAUGGAGUUGUUGCGGUGUUAUCGACAGGAUAUCGCCGAUACAGUGAUGUACUGCUUCGGCAUCUUGGGUGACUGGUGUUGGACGACGGUGGAGACGGCGUACCUGGCGGCGGACACGGACGUGCGGCGCGAGGCCGCCCUGCACGUGUUCGUGGCGCUGGCGGACGCGGCGCCCCCGCAGCGCGCGCCCGACGCCCUCGUGUCGCUACUCCAGCGCGCCGUCACAGUCGCGCGAGAUGCAGCUGCCCCCGAACCGCCGCCGCCAGCGCUCCUAUCCACCGCGCUCGACGCUUUAGGCGCUUACGCGGCAUGGUUGAGCACGGUGGGCGGAGCUCGCAGUGCGGCGCUGGGCGGCGAGUGCGUGCGCGCUGCGGGUGCGGCACUGGCUCGCAGUCCGGCCGCGGCCGCGCUCGCUCUACGUAGGCUGUGUGCGGACUGCAGUGCUCCUGCGGCCGCGCUCGCCGCCGACAUCGUGCAUGCGGCGCAGAGCCGUGCUGGUCGCGGCGUGAGUGAGGGGUGUGCGGGGGCGGCGGCGGGGGCGGGCGGCGAGGCGUGGGUGCGGCGGCAGCUGGUGGGCGCGGCGGGCGCGGCGCUGGCGGCCGCCGACCACGCACACGCCGCGCCACUGCUGCAGAGCCUAGCCGCCACGCUCUACGAAGACCUACAGCAACAGGCGCGCGCCGUGUCAUCGGGCGGCGGCGGCGGAGGGGCGGCGGAACUAGCGGGCGCGUUGCUGGCGGCGCUGGAUCCGCAGCCGGCGCUGGCCGCCGACUUACUGCGCGCGCUGGCGCCCGCACUACCGCCCUUCGCGCUCCACCCCGCCCUAGUCGAGCCCAUGUUUCACAUAUUAAAGCAAGCGGUGGUGACUUUGAUGAUGGACUGCAUGCCGAUGAUAGGAGAAAUAGCCCAGCUCACCAUGACCGGUUUCGAUACUCGGCCCUGUGCAUCGGGACUGGACGUUGUCAAAUUAGUGGUGGUGAUGGUGGGCUCGGAGUGGGCGGAGGCGGCGCGGCUGCUGCGCGGCGCGGUGUCGUGCGCGGCGGCCGCGGUGUCGUCGUCGCCCGCCGCCUGCCCCGACCUCACUGAAGCACUGUUCGCGCUCCUCCACGCGCUCACCAAGAAGAAGCCCCAAUACAUCGACUGGAUAGACGACUUGCUGCCCCAGCUCGUCGACCUCGGUUGCGAGUGUGUGCGGCUGUGGGAGGUGUCUGCGGCGCGUGCUGCGUGCGCGUGGCUGGCGGCGCUGGCGGCGCAGCGCCCGCUCGCACUGCAGCCACGCGCGCCCGCACUCACCGCCGCCGCGCUACGCUGCAUAGGCGGCGCGACGCCCCGCAACCAGAUCGAGCCGCUGGCGGAGCUGCUGCUGGCGCUGAACCGCGCGGCGUGGCGCGGCCCGGCCGGGCCCCACGAGCCGGCCGGGCUGGCCGGAUGGCUGCGGCAGGCGCUCGCCGUCACCGGCUUCCCCACCGAGCACGCCACGGACCCGCACAAGCACAAGUUCAUUGCGGCCGUCGUCAAAGAAAAAAGCAGUAAACGACGACUACUCGAGACCGUCCAGGAGUUCUCAUUAGUUUGCCGCGGGCUUAUAGGAACAGAGUACGCGCGGCAAACGCUCGCCUCUAGACAGCUUGUAGCAUAAAGAUACAUGCAAAUUGUAUAAAAUUACUAUUUAUUUUAAUUACCAUUUAUUAAUGGCUUCGGUUUUUAUGCUUAUUUAUAUCAUGGACUGUAUUUGAGUUUAAAUGGUGAAUUGUUCCUCUAUAUUUAUCAAAACAGAAUUGUUUGCGCUGAAUUACUGAAAACUAUUACACCAGUUUCCACAUUGUGUUCAGACCCCGUACAUACAUUUGUAUUAUGAAUAUGACAAUACUGUAUUUAUUUAAUAAUACACCUUAGAAAAUUAACAAUAAUUUCUAACUGUGUUAGUAAAUUUGUACAACCUUAUUAAUAAGUUUAAUUUGAGCAAUAAUAACUCUUAAUAAAAUUUAUGAAGAUGCAUAUCGUGAAUCGCAAAAGUAUGGAUUCGUAUAUAAAAAUGAAUCGAUGCCCAGUAAUUAUAUACUCCGAUAAAUAAUGAAUUGGCUUUUAUCGCACUGUAACUGAUAAUACUGUGAUCAAUUUUUGAGUGCUUUAGUUUGAUUUUUUAAGUAAUUGUGAAUCUUGUAACCAGAAAGUGUGAGUUUUGUUUUUCAAUAAGUUAAUUAAAUAUAAUUAAAAUACCUUACACUUUAUUAUAUAUGAUUGGAGGUUGACUGAAUAUUGGCCAUUUCUCUUCCCAUUAGGUAUAUACAUAUUCAAAUCUCUGAUUACAC